GCGAAUUGGUUUCUGAAAUAUAUAUAUUUUUUUAAAUAGAACCUCUUGUUUCGGUUCGUGUUAGUGAUAUUCGUGCGUUGUUGAAGUUGACGAGAAGGAAAAAGUUACGUAUUUCGCAUAAAAAGUAAGAAUAAUAUAAAUUUGCGUUUAGAUAAGGCGGAUGCUUUGUUCCACUUGCGCAACGUUACAACGUGCUACGAUUUUCUUUUUUUUCUUUUUUUUUCUCUCUAUCAAUUUAGAAAAUGUACACUGUUUCCAAAGGGCCGAGCAAAAUUGUCGCUAAAACACGUAGAGGAAUUAGUCAAAAUCUCGAACGGCUGGAAACCCUUCGGGAUCUCACUCGUAAAACUUGUGAUUCUCAAGAAGACAACGAAAUCGUCGCGCACCCUCUACCAAAACCAGUUUUCAAUGUUAAUGGGAGAUCAAAGAUGUCGUCACAGAGACACAGAAUACAGGAAGUUAUAACACCGGAGCAUGAACAACUCAUCAAAUUUGUGUACGAAUCAUGGAGCCAAGUAGAAGAACGAGCGACGAGUGAGGAUUCGGCGGAUUCGGAGUGCGCGGAGACGAGAGGGGUUUUGGAGCGUUCUUCAAACUCUUCGCUGUAUUACAACGAUGGAGAACCAAACGAUGUGCUCCAAGACUUUAAGCCGUUCGAUCUCGAGUCAUGGUGGGGUAAAAGACUGUACAAUAACAUAACGAAAUCUCUGUGAGAAGUGUUUCGUACGUACGAGUUAAUCCUCGAUCAGCGAUCGUCGAUAAAGAAGAAAAAAAACGGAAAAGUCAUAUAUGAAAAAAGAAAGAAAAUAAGUAAAACAAAAUUGCCUCAUCGCCCGCCGUGCUCAAAGUCCAGUUGCUACACAGAGUGGAAGUGGUCGGUUCACGAGAGAGUCUGGAACGAGAAAAAAGAGAGGGAGGAGGGGAAGGAAGAGUCGAAGCAUCGAUGGCGAGUUUACCGAUUUCGUACUACGAGUGUACGCACAAUAUGAAUGAAUGGUCCCAACGUGCGUGUUUCGAGUAAAUGUACAUAUACACAAUAUUUACACAUUAACAAGAUACGCAAGAGAAUGCAAGAGAGCGAGAGUUAAAAAGAUAUUGACGAAAAUACGAAAUACGUCGUUAUACAGCAAUAAUUCAGUUGUUGCAGCAACUUUUUAAAAUGUGAACGCGAAGAGCGAAAGACGGAGAACGAGAGAGUGAGAAAGAAAAAAGGCUACCGAUUUUCAUAAUCCGGUAACGGUCGUGUGCUUGGUACAAUCCAAUGAGCAAUUUACUUUACCAUUUACAAUUUUAGUAUAAACAUUUGUAGACUGAUAUUUUUAAGAUUUUGUUGGCCGCUCGUAUACGGGCAAAUACCAUUGUUGAUCAAUUUAAAUCGGUGACAAAAAGUGAGCAAAAGAGUCGAUCGCCGCUUCCUUCCGUCUCGGACGGCCUCGUUGAAAAAAAAAAAAAAAAAAUAAAGAAUAAAAAAUAGUGUACAUAUAAUGCGUACGAAAUCUCCGGGUCUCUCCGCGUUGAGAUAAAUAAAAACGAAUUUCGCGAAUCGCGUUUCGCCACAUACGAAGUGAAACACGAUUUGCGAUUGUAGUCCUUGACGUAGUGCAAUAAAAAAUUCAAAAAAUAUGUUUAUAUAUAUUGAUAUAUACAUUGAUAUAUAGAUAUAUAUAAAUAUAUAUAAAAGAUUACUAAACACGGUGUAAUUGUUAUCAAACGCCCGUGUAUUGUUAUCAAGUAUAAAAAAAAAAUAUAUAUAUAUGAAAUCUUUGUACUAA